GUUCAGCUGUUGGCUGCUGCUGCACCUCCUCCUUUGCUCUCCUCACACUCAUAGGAGGAAUAGAAACUCCACCCCAAACUUUCGUUCUACUUCUGCCUGAAGAUCUAAGUUGGUGCACAGUCACCAAUACUGCCAAGGGCUGAAGACAUUCAAGCAGAAUGGAAGAUUUGAAUCUGAAACAGACUGUGGCUCGAGGUGAGCUACGUGAAGUUGAAGGAAUUCCCAUCACAGAACCAAUGUGCAAGACAUGGGACCAAGUGAAGAAGUUUAAAGCCAGACCUGACGAUCUGCUCAUUGCAACCUACGCAAAAGCAGGCACCACAUGGACACAGGAGAUAGUGGACAUGAUUCAACAAAAUGGAGAUGUCGAGAAAUGUAGACGUGCCUCUACUUACAGACGCCAUCCCUUCCUUGAGUGGUUUAUACAAGAGUCUCCAACGGAUCAUUACUCAGGUGUGGAGUUAGCUGAAGCUAUGCCUUCUCCACGAACAAUGAAAACUCACCUUCCUGUGCAGCUGGUGCCUCCCUCCUUCUGGGAACAAAACUGUAAGGUAAUCUAUAUGGCAAGGAAUGCAAAAGACAACUUAGUGUCAUACUACCAUUUCCACAGAAUGGCUAAAGCAUGUCCUGAGCCAGGAACCUGGGAGGAGUUCAUAGAGAAAUUCAUGACUGGAAAAGUGCUUUGGGGUUCCUGGUAUGACCAUGUAAAAGGAUGGUGGAAGGCAAAAGAUAAGCACCGUAUUCUCUACCUUUUCUAUGAAGAUAUGAAGGAGAAUCCAAAGCGAGAAAUUCAGAAGAUUCUCAAGUUCCUGGAGAAAGACAUGAGUCAGGAGCUUCUAAACAAGAUAGUCCAUAGCACUUCAUUUGAGAUAAUGAAGGAAAAUCCUAUGGCAAACUACACUACAGAGUUUCGGGGAAUAAUGGAUCACUCAGUUUCCCCAUUCAUGAGAAAAGGGGCUGUCGGGGACUGGAAGAAUCAUUUCACUGUGGCACAAAAUGAGAAAUUUGAUGAAGAUUACAAGAAGAAAAUGGCUGAUACUUCUCUUGUUUUUCGCAUGGAAUUGUGAUCAUUAGCAAUGGGAGUUAUUCUCUAUGCUCUUCAGCCUUUUCCAUUGUAUAUAUUUUGCUUUUCCUUCACGAAAUGCCUGUGUCCCUAAAAUUUCAAUGUCUCUCUGUCACAGACCGCUGAUUUUUCAUCACUGUGAGAGUGCCCAAAUUAUGUGGAAGUUUGGGUUGGUCUCCCUGAAGAAAAUAACUCCACUGGAUACUUCUUAUUCAUGCCUCCCACAGUAACUUUCAGCAUUAAGAAAAAUAUUUCAGAUAUGCUUAAAGAUUUUGUCUUCGUAAAACUUCAGUUGAUAUUGCUGGUAUUUUCAAAUCAACCUCUAACAGAAAUUAGGGACCAACAGGUGUCAGCAUUAUAUGUUAUUCACAUGUUGUACAAACAUUCAUCAAUAAAUAACAAUAAACAAAUUAAAUGGUGGUCAAGUAUAAACAAA